AUGGCCGACGCCGGACUCGACAAGCGCGAAGAUGAGCGCCAGGAAUUUGCUACCUCUAAGGAGGUCACCGUCGCCCCGACCUUCGAGGCCAUGCACCUGAAAGAAAACCUCCUCCGUGGGAUCUACGCGUACGGCUACGAAUCCCCGUCGGCCGUUCAAUCUCGUGCUAUCGUCCAGAUCUGUAAGGGCCGUGACACAAUCGCACAGGCCCAGUCUGGUACCGGUAAAACAGCCACAUUCUCCAUUUCGAUCCUCCAAGUCAUCGACACCUCGCUCCGUGAAACACAAGCACUGGUCCUUUCUCCGACCCGUGAAUUGGCGACACAGAUUCAGAAUGUAGUGAUGGCAUUGGGAGACUAUAUGAACGUUCAAUGUCACGCUUGUAUCGGUGGAACCAAUGUUGGAGAAGAUAUCCGCAAGCUCGACCACGGACAGCAUGUUGUUUCGGGAACUCCAGGUCGUGUGGCAGAUAUGAUUCGUCGUCGAAACCUACGCACUCGUCAUAUCAAGAUGUUGGUUCUUGAUGAAGCAGACGAACUAUUGAACAAGGGUUUCAGAGAGCAGAUUUACGAUGUGUAUCGUUACUUGCCACCAGCAACCCAGGUUGUGGUUGUCAGCGCUACACUUCCAUACGAUGUCCUAGAUAUGACAACAAAGUUCAUGACAGACCCAGUCAGGAUUCUUGUCAAACGUGAUGAGUUGACUUUAGAAGGGUUGAAGCAGUAUUUCAUUGCCGUUGAGAAGGAGGACUGGAAGUUCGAUACUCUCUGCGAUCUCUACGACACCCUCACAAUCACCCAAGCUGUCAUCUUCUGCAAUACCCGCCGCAAGGUCGACUGGUUAACCGACAAGAUGCGAGACGCAAAUUUCACUGUUUCCAGCAUGCACGGAGAAAUGGCACAGAAAGAAAGAGAUGCCAUUAUGAGCGAAUUCAGACAAGGAAACUCUCGAGUUUUAAUUUCUACAGAUGUCUGGGCACGUGGUAUCGACGUUCAACAGGUCAGCUUGGUCAUCAAUUACGAUUUACCCAGUAACCGUGAAAAUUAUAUCCACCGUAUCGGUCGUAGUGGAAGAUUCGGCAGGAAGGGUGUCGCUAUCAACUUUGUCACAAGCGAAGAUGUCAGGAUUUUGAGAGAUAUUGAAUUGUACUACUCCACCCAGAUCGAUGAGAUGCCAAUGAACGUCGCAGAUCUUCUUUCUUAA